CACUCCUUAAAUUAUAUCCUCAGAGCCAAAGUUGCUCACUCCUUCCACACAUGCUCCAAGUCCCCACCUUCUUCUUCUUCUUCAGUCUCCUUUCAUACCUCCACACCAUUGCUUAACGUUUUUCUCUCUAAUCAACCAGAAAGAAGAUGAUCUCGUGGCACGACCUCUACACGGUCCUCACGGCCGUGAUACCUCUCUACGUCGCUAUGAUCCUCGCCUACGGCUCUGUAAGGUGGUGGAAAAUCUUCUCUCCCGAUCAAUGCUCCGGAAUCAACCGUUUCGUGGCCAUAUUCGCCGUCCCCCUCCUCUCCUUCCACUUCAUCUCCACCAACAAUCCAUACGCCAUGAACCUCCGUUUCAUCCCUGAGACGGCUGCUUCCAUCGUUUCCUUCAAAGUUGAAUCCGACGUGGUUUCCCUCGACGGUCAUGACUUUCUUGAGACGGACGCGGAGAUCGGUAACGACGGGAAGCUUCACGUCACCGUGAGGAAAUCAAACGCUUCCCGUCGUUCGUUCUGCGGGCCGAACAUGACUCCCCGGCCGUCUAAUCUCACCGGAGCUGAGAUUUACAGCUUAAGCACCACUCCUAGAGGCUCAAACUUCAACCAGUCAGACUUCUAUUCGAUGAUGGGUUUCCCGGGCGGCCGUCUCUCCAACUUCGGGCCGGCGGACAUGUACUCCAUGCAGUCUUCAAGGGGCCCCACUCCAAGACCUUCGAAUUUCGAGGAGAAUUGCGCCAUGGCUUCCUCCCCGAAAUUUGGGUAUCACCCAGGAGGAGGAGGCGGGUCUUACCCGGCUCCAAAUCCUGAGUUCUCUUCAACAUCUACAGCCAACAAAGUCGUCAAUAAAACUCCUAAAGACACCAACACGAAUCAGCAGACGAAUCUUCACACCGACGGUAAGUCAAACAAUCAUGACGCUAGCUCCAAGGAACUACACAUGUUCGUGUGGAGCUCCAACGGGUCACCAGUUUCAGACCGGGCGGGUCUUAACGCCCCUGAUUCGGGAUCAAACAAUGAACAGGGUGGAAGAUCUGACCAAGGUGCCAAAGAGAUCCGGAUGUUAGUCCCCGACCAAUCUCAGAACAGCGAAAACAAAGCUCUGGCUCGUCCGGCGAGUGGUGACUUCGGAGGUGAACCAGUUAGUAUCACCCGAAGAGAAGAAGGAGAGAGAGCAAAAGACGCUGAGAAUGGACUGAACAAACCUAUACCUAAUGCGCUGCUACAAUCGAAGACAGGACUCGGAGCCGUCCCUGGAGGUGAAGCAAGUCAAGGGAAACAUAUGCCGCCUGCGAGCGUGAUGACGAGGCUGAUACUGAUCAUGGUGUGGAGGAAGUUAAUCAGAAACCCAAACACUUACUCUAGCCUCAUUGGCCUCAUCUGGGCUCUGGUUGCUUUCCGGUGGCAUGUGGCAAUGCCCAAAAUUAUACAGCAAUCUAUCUCCAUUCUAUCUGAUGCUGGUCUUGGAAUGGCAAUGUUCAGUUUGGGGUUGUUCAUGGCAUUGCAACCCAAAUUAAUCGCUUGUGGGAACUCAGUGGCAACAUUUGCGAUGGCGGUUAGGUUCCUCACAGGUCCGGCCGUGAUGGCAGUUGCCUCAAUAGCUAUUGGAUUGCGUGGUGAUUUACUGCGUGUCGCCAUUGUUCAGGCCGCAUUGCCUCAAGGGAUUGUACCGUUUGUGUUUGCCAAAGAGUACAAUGUUCAUCCUGCUAUUUUAAGUACAGGGGUAAUAUUCGGAAUGCUUAUAGCGCUUCCUAUCACGCUGGUUUACUAUAUUCUACUCGGGUUAUGAGCUUUUGAUUACGUGAACGCUUAAAAUGGAUCAAUUGUAGAGAGAACGAAGAAAAUAACACAAGAGAGUGUUUCAACUUGUGGGUGGAACAAACUAAAAGCUUAGAGCAUAUAAGUAAAACUAGAGCGUAGCGUGAUUUAAGGAUGAUGAUGCGUACAUCACAAACCAAGAAACCCUUUCUUCUCCAUAUUUAACAUAUAGAAUAUUGGGGAAUAGAAUAAGAGUGAGACAGUGGGACGCAUAUAAGGAGGAGCAAAACAUGGGGCAACGAGACAACAAAGAUGAAUAAAAAAUCGAGAAAGAAGACAACUUAUUAUUUUUGUAAUUUUUUGUGACGAGCAAAAUCCUGUUUUGAUGUGUUCUUUGAUUAGAUUUUGGGUAACUUAUGAAUUGAUUACUGUGAGUUUUUUUUUUAAUUAGCGAAGAAAAGUGUGGUUUUGAAUCUUCCUAGUUGAAGUUUUCAGGUAAGCAAAUUAAAUAACGCUUUUAAAGCA